CCCCCCUCCCACAUUGCGACCCGAAGCAGGCAGCAAAGAGAGCGCCUCCUCCUCAUCACUCGCCACUCACCAGCCAGCCUCACCUCUGCCCAGGAGACCAAAAGGCCGGACCAGCAAGCACCAAUCCCACGGGGAGAGAGAGAGAGAGAGAAGCAGAGAAAGCUGGGUGGUAAGCUAACGAGUCAAAUGUACUUGUAGCUUGUACCGCCCACCAAUCAGCGCUGGACAGCAGCCAGCGGCUAACAUCUCCUCCAACAGUGGAAAGAUCGCGCCAGCCAGACGCGCGCGCGGCGCACCGCCGGCCGGGAAGAAGCACUUUCCAGCCGGCCUUGAGCCAUCAUGUGCAACACCGGCGCCAGCCCGCCCCCCUCGCCGCCGCCCCUCACUUGCUUCAAGAAUUCCUCCCACCUGCUCCACCCCGUGGGUGACCACCACGAGGAGGACGACGACGACAGCCACCACCGCGCCCGCGCACUGGCGCUCUCCAAGGUGGCCGGCGAGGCGCGGGCGAUCGGGCGGCUGUCGGUGCCCAUGGCGGUGACGGGGCUCGUCAUGUACUCGCGCAGCUUCAUCUCCAUGCUCUUCCUCGGCCAGCUGGGGGAGCUGGCGCUCGCCGGCGGCUCGCUCGCGCUGGGCUUCGCUAACAUCACGGGCUACUCCGUGCUCUCCGGGCUGGCGCUCGGCAUGGAGCCCCUCUGCGGCCAGGCCUUCGGCGCGCGCCGUGGCAAGCUUCUGGCGCUCGCGCUCCACCGAACCGUGCUGCUGCUCCUCGCGGUGGCGCUGCCCAUCUCCCUCCUGUGGAUCACCUCCACGGGCCACAUACUCAAGCUGCUCGGCCAGGACGAGGGCGUGGCCAGCGCCGCGCAGACGUUCGCGGCGUAUGCGUCCGCCGACCUGGCGGUGCUGGCCGUCCUGCACCCGCUGCGGGUGUACCUCCGGUCGCAGAACCUCACGCUGCCGAUCACCGCGUGCUCUCUCUUCUCUGUGCUGCUCCACGGGCCAAUCAACUACCUCCUCGUGGUGCGCCUACGCAUGGGCGUCGCCGGCGUCGCGCUCGCCGUCGCGCUCACCGACCUCAACCUGCUCCUGGCGCUCCUAUGCUUCCUCGCCAUCUCGGGGGCCCACAGGGACUCGUGGGUGGGUCCGACCUCCGACUGCCUCCGCGGCUGGGGGGCGAUGCUCCGUCUCGCCGUUCCCACUGCCACGGCGGUCUGCCUCGAGUGGUGGUGGUACGAGCUCAUGAUCGUGCUGUCUGGGCUUCUGCCCAACCCGCGCGCCACCGUGGCCUCCAUGGGAAUCCUCAUCCAGGCCACGUCGCUCGUCUACGUGUUCCCGUCUUCGCUCGGCCAGGGCGCGUCCACGCGCGUCAGCCACCAGCUCGGCGCGGGUCGCCCGGGAGGCGCCCGCCGCGCCGCUGGCGCCGCGCUCUUCAUCGGCCUCGUCAUUGGCGCCGUCGCUUCCACCUUCAUGAUAUCCGUCCGCAACCACUGGGGCCGCAUGUUCACGUCGGACUCGGAAAUCCUGCGGCUCACCGCGGUGGCGCUCCCAAUCGCGGGGCUGUGCGAGCUCGGCAACUUCCCGCAGACCGCCGGGUGCGGGGUGCUCCGCGGGAGCGCGCGGCCCGCCAGCGGCGCUCGCAUCAACCUGGCCUCCUUCUACCUCGUCGGCAUGCCGGUGGGGCUGGCGCUGGCCUUCGGCGCGCGCCUUGGCUUCGCCGGGCUGUGGCUCGGCCUCCUGGCGGCGCAGGCCGCCUGCGCGGUGUGGAUGGCGCGCGCCGUGGCCGCCACUGACUGGGACGUCGAGGUGGCGCGCGCCAAGGAGCUGACGAAACCCACUACCAGCUCCAACAGCUCCGAAUGCAACGCCAACACAUCAAGCGGCAGUGCUGCCGCUAGCACCAAAACAGCGGCAACUGCUACCGGCAGCAAUGCCGGUGGAAGCAAGAACAAGAACGGCUACGUGCUGAUCAGCGAGAGCGGCAACGACGACGCGCUACAGAAGCUGGAGGAAGGGCUCAUGCCCAUGGCCAGCUCCAGCAGCAUCGGCGGCAGCAAUGGCGACACGAACGCGGUGGAUAGGGACAGGGAGAGCAGCAGCUUCAGCGGCAGCGGCGCUGUUUGUACGGCGGAGGAAGGAAAGGAGCAGUGCGUCUCGGAGCGGGCCCCGCUCAUCAGAGUGGGGGACGUGGAGGAGGAGGGGGAGGAGGCGCACGAGCACGAUGGCGACGGCGAUGGCCGUGGGGGCGGCCAGGUCUAGGGUGGUCGCCCCAUGGAUUGGUUCUGGGUUUUGAUAACUCUAGGCUGUUGCUAUUGACUUGCUUGAUCCAUCUCCGCGCCAUCCUCUUUUUCGGUGGCGAGGUUUUGAUAAAGAGCGAGAGAGAGAGAGAGAGAGAGAGAGAGAGAGUAUUGAGGAGGAAAUGAUUAUGUAUAUUGGCCUUCUUAUUUUCACUUUUCUUGCUUAUCAUUGCCCCAGAUUGGUACUCCUGGAAGCCUUCUGUAAAUACUAGCCACACCAUAAGAGGUCCAAUAUAUAUAUUUUUAUAUUUAUAUA